UAAGCUGUCCCGGGGAGGCUGCGCUGCCCAGCCGCCAACGCACUCCGGCUCUCGCUGGCUCCUCUGCUCCAUCCAUCCAUCCAUCCAUCCAUCCUUCCAUCCAUCCUUCCUCUCCUCCUAUAGGCUAGCGGAGCAUGCCCGAUGCGAUACCGUGGCAGUUAGGGUCCUUGCCUAUAGCUGCCUGUUUUACAAAGCUCCGAUCUGUGCGUGUGCGUGUGUAUGUGUGUGUGCAUUUUAUCCCUCCCUCCUAUCCCUCCCUCCCUCCCUCUCUCUCUCUCUCACUCUAAUGUGUGAUCUGGAAAGCUUAUAAAAGCCUGAUGUAAUCCUUAAUGCAGCCCCUGGCUACAAAGACUGGAUCUAGUUUCACAGAGAGAGAUUCAGAAGCAGAAUCUAAAAAAAAAAAAAAAAAAAAAAGUGGGGGGAGAAGAGAGAGAAAGAAAGAAAAGCAGACGAGUGGAUUUUAAACAAACAUAUCUUUCUGAAGAAGACCAUUCUCGCUCUUCGCUUCUGGGAAAGCUACUCUGAACCCUGCUGUAUAUUUUUUUUUAAAGGAGAAGACUUGAUUGUCUGCUUGGAUCUAAUGAUUUACUGGCUUUUAACUGCGUUUUUCCCCUCUCCUAAGGAUUCCUCAAAAAACGGCUUAAUUAUUUUCAGCUUUUCUCUUCCACCUGCCUGUCUGCAGAGACACCAAAGGUUCUCCCUUCCUCUCCCUCCCCACCCCCAUUUCUUUUAGGAUUUUUUUUUUUCCCUUUUCUGUUUAAUAUAUACAUAUAUAUAUAUAUAAGUGUGUAUGUAUAUAUAUAUGUAGAGGCAAGAGUGGAGGGAGCGGAGGGAGAGAGAGCUCUGCCAUCCUUUUGGACUUCACGCGCUGCCCAAUGUUGGGCUGGUUACCCCUGGAUAUGUUGCUGGUUUCCAUUUGGAAUUUGACAAAGGGAAGAAGGAGGAUAUAAAACCUGGGGAGCUCUGCAAGGUGUUGUUUAUGGCCACAGGAGGGAGCUCAAAUCCAGACAUGGGAGGAUUGGCUUGAUUUCGGAUCCAGAGCCUCUUAAACUCUCACUUUUCCUCUAAGCUGGUCCCUGUUAUGUCCAGGAUCUGGCGCCUGCUUGACAUUUACUUUGAGUUCCAGAGGACCAGAGACCUAGGAUGAGGAGCAUUGGAUCUGCCCUGAACCUGCUUUUGGUAUCGCCACUCUACUUUGUGUGGACCGUGGUCGCUCUGGACCUGGCACAAACUCCCUGCACCACUUUGGUCCAGGGGAAAUUCUUUGGGUAUUUCUCCUCCUUUGCCGUCUUCCCAUUGAACUCCUCUCUCUGCUCUUGGAUUAUCCAGAACCCCGACCCUCGGAGGUACACUUUGUACAUGAAGAUCCUAAAACCUACUGGCGUAUGUGACCACCAGCACAUCCGCACCUACCAGUUCGACUCCUUCCUGGAGUCCACCCGCACCUACCUGGGCAUGGAGAGCUUCGACGAUGUGUUGAAGCUCUGCGAUGGGUCCACCCGCUAUGCCUUCCUCCAGUCCAACAAGCAAUUCCUCCAGAUGAAGCAGACCACGCCACCGGGGGUGGAGAGCUGGCCCGUGCGGUGGAAGCCCACAAAGGCUCAGGAGAGGGAUUUCUCGGUGGAGUACCUCGUGGUGGGCAACAGGAACCCUAGCAAAGCCGCUUGCCAGAUGCUCUGCAAGUGGCUGGACGCGUGCUUAGCCAUCAGCAGCAGCUCCCACCCGUGCGGCAUUAUGCAGACCCCGUGCUCUUGCUCAGGAGGGGAGGUCCUAGAUCAGGCCAGCGAGAUCCUGGGGCUCACGAGGAAGAAGGAAGAUUGCUAUAAGGAUGGAAUUUACUUGGAGAACUGCAUGAGCAGCCCCAAGGACAGCAGCGGAGUGGAGUUCCUGGGUGGUUGGAACCCAUGGUCAGCUUGGGGCGACUGCACCAAGGACUGCGGGGGAGGCCUGCAGACCCGUAUGCGCACCUGCAAGCCCCUUCCCAACGAAGGUCUUGUCUGCGAGGGAGUCCUGGAGGAAGGACGGCUGUGCAAUAGGAAGGCAUGCAAUACCAAUGGACGCUAUAAUUCCAGAAGCCAAUCGCUGAGGUCCACAGAUAACAGAAAGCGAGAGGACACUGACGAACUGCAGCACUACGGGUACCCUGCACCUCAAAUAGGUGACCCCGCGGCGGAGGAGUGGUCCCCAUGGAGCGUGUGUUCGACCACCUGCGGGGAGGGCUGGCAGACCAGGACGAGGUUCUGCGUGUCAUCUUCCUACAGCACUCAGUGCAGCGGCCCUCUCCGGGAGCAGAGACAGUGCAACAACUCUGCCGUGUGCCCAGUGCACGGCACUUGGGACGAGUGGUCUCCGUGGAGCUUGUGCUCUUCCACGUGUGGGAGAGGGUACAGGGACCGGACCCGCACGUGCAAGCCCCCGCAAUUUGGUGGGAACCCCUGCGAGGGCCCAGAGAAGCAAACAAAAUUCUGCAACAUUGCACUUUGCCCAGGCCACUCAGUGGACGGCAACUGGAAUGAGUGGUCGAGCUGGAGCUCCUGCUCCGCCUCCUGCUCCAACGGCACCCAGCAGCGGACGAGGGAGUGCAACGGACCCUCCUACGGGGGAGCCGAAUGCCAGGGACACUGGGUGGAAACCAGGGACUGCUUCCUACGCCAAUGCCCAGUGGAUGGGAAGUGGCAGGCUUGGGGAGUGUGGGGCAGCUGUACCACCACGUGUGGAGGUGGGACUCAGAGACGUGACCGUGUGUGCUACGGGCCCUUCUUCGGUGGAGAGACUUGCCAGGGCCCCAAGGAAGAGUAUAAGCAGUGCAAUGACAGAAAGUGUCCUGAGCCCCACGAAAUCUGUGACGAGGAGAGUCUUGCCUCCGUGGUUUGGAAAGAGACGCCCGCUGGGGAUGCUGCGGCUGUCCGGUGUCCUCGCAAUGCUACUGGGCUGAUCCUUCGAAGAUGCAUUUUAGAUGAAGAAGGGAUAGCUUAUUGGGAGCCUCCAACAUACAUCAAGUGUGUUUCUAUUGAUUACAGGAACAUACAGAUGAUGACCAGGGAACAUCUUUCCAAAGCUCAGCGUGGGUUAAUGGGAGAUGGGCUGUCAGAAGUGCUCCAAAACCUUGUGGAAAUCUCCCAGGAUGGGACCAGCUACAGUGGGGACUUGCUGUCCACCAUCGACAUACUCAGGAACAUGACAGAGAUCUUCCGUAGGGCUUAUCAUAGCCCAACUUCUGGGGAUGUGCAGAACUUUGUCCAGAUCAUCAGCAAUCUUUUAUCAGAGGAAAACCGGGACAAAUGGGAGGAAGCUCAGCUGAUAGGGCCAAAUGCCAAGGAGUUGUUCAGGCUUGUGGAGGAUUUCAUUGAUGUCAUUGGCUUUCGCAUGAAAGAUUUCCGGGAUUCCUACCAAGUGACGGACAAUCUGGUCCUCGGCAUUCACAAACUGCCUGCUAAUGCAGCAACUGACAUCACCUUCCCCAUGAAAGGCUGGAGGGGCAUGGUGGACUGGGCCAAGAACUCGGAGGACAAGGUCACUGUCUCCAAGAGCAUCCUGUCUUCAGGACUGACAGAGACGGACGACUCCUCCGUCUUCGUGGUGGGGACCGUGCUGUACCGGAAUGUGGGCAACAUCCUCUCCCUCCAGAGGAACAGCACUGUUCUGAACUCCAAAGUCAUCUCCGUGACUGUGAAGCCAUUUCCCCGGUCUCUCCUCACCCCCUUGGAAAUCGAAUUCUCCCACCUGUACAACGGAACCACCAACCAGACCUGCAUCCUGUGGGACGAAACUGAUGGCAAAGCCUCCGCCUCCGCCUCUCCGCCCGGUGCCUGGUCCUGGCGCGGCUGCCGAACGGUCCCGCUCGAUUCCUCCCGGACUAAGUGCUUGUGUGACCGGUUCUCCUCCUUCGCCAUCUUAGCCCAGCUCAGCCCCGACAUGAACAUGGAAAAGGUGCUGGUGCCUUCUGUCACGUUAAUUGUAGGCUGUGGAGUAUCUUCGCUGACACUUUUGCUGUUGAUUAUCAUUUAUGUCUCUGUUUGGAGGUACAUUCGCUCAGAGCGCUCUGUCAUUCUUAUCAACUUCUGCCUAUCCAUCAUCUCCUCCAACGCUCUCAUCCUGAUCGGACAGACCCAGACUCGGAAUAAGGUGAUAUGCACGCUGGUGGCGGCUUUCUUGCACUUCUUCUUCCUCUCCUCUUUCUGCUGGGUGCUGACCGAGGCUUGGCAGUCCUACAUGGCCGUGACGGGCCGGUUACGGAACCGCAUCAUCCGCAAGCGCUUCUUGUGUCUCGGAUGGGGGCUCCCCGCCUUGGUGGUUGCCAUUUCCGUCGGAUUUACUAAAGCCAAGGGGUACGGCACCGUGAACUACUGCUGGCUGUCGUUAGAGGGAGGUCUUCUCUAUGCCUUCGUGGGACCGGCGGCUGCUGUCGUUUUGGUGAACAUGGUUAUUGGCAUUCUGGUUUUUAACAAACUUGUAUCCAAAGAUGGAAUAACAGAUAAGAAACUGAAGGAACGGGCAGGGGCAUCCCUUUGGAGCUCCUGCGUGGUCCUACCUCUCCUGGCUCUCACUUGGAUGUCUGCAGUUCUGGCAAUCACAGAUCGGCGGUCAGCACUCUUCCAGAUCCUUUUUGCCGUCUUUGACUCGUUGGAGGGUUUUGUCAUCGUUAUGGUCCAUUGCAUCCUAAGGCGGGAGGUCCAGGAUGCUGUGAAGUGCCGAGUAGUAGAUCGUCAGGAAGAGGGCAAUGGAGACUCAGGGGGGUCAUUUCAGAAUGGACACGCUCAGCUAAUGACCGAUUUUGAGAAGGACGUGGAUAUGGCUUGUAGAUCAGGUGAGCACAUCACAGUGCUGAAUAAAGACAUCACCACCUGCAGGACCUCAACCAUCACAGGAACAUUGAAGCGUCCAUCACUGCCAGAUGAAGAGAAAUUGAAACUCAAUCACCAGAAGGGGUCAUCAAACUUUAACAGUCUUCCAGCCAAUGUCUCCAAGAUGCAUCUUCAGGGCUCACCACACUACCUGGGGGCCAUCAACCUGAAUGAGUUCAGCAAUCACACUCUCACUCUGAAGAAGGACAAGAACCAGCCACCUAAGUCCAUCUACAUCUGUGAUGGGGACAUCUUCAAGAAGUUGGACUCAGAACUCUCCCGGGCGCAAGAGCAAACGCUGGACACCAGCUACGUCAUUCUGCCUACCAACACGUCUACCUUACGGGCCAAACCGCCCAAAGACGAGAGCAAAUACAGCAUCAAUAUUGACCAGAUGCCCCAGACACGGCUCAUCCACCUCAGUAUGGCUACUGACCCAGGCUUUGUUGUCAAGAGUCCUCCACGGGAGCCUGUAACCAUGACAUGCGGUGAGGUUCAAGGUUCCACCAUGAUACAACAACAGCAGCAGCUGGCUCCACAAAAUAUCUCCAACGAGUCACAGAUUCCCAACAGCCUGUGUGACACAGGUGACUCAGGGAACUCGGGUGUGGUGUCCAAGAGUGAGACCGUCUCCACCCUCUCCAUGAGCUCCUUGGAGAGGCGGAAAUCCCGGUACGCAGAGCUAGAUUUUGAGAAAAUCAUGCACACAAGAAAACGUCACCAAGACAUGUUCCAAGACCUGAACAGAAAACUCCAGCAUGCAGAGAAGGAGAAGGAGUCUCCAACAACGGACAGCAAGGUUAUAAAACGAUGGAGUAUUUCUUCUGGUGGAAGUGAUAAAACUAACGUUAGCCAAGAAAAACAGCAGACACCAAACAAGAGACCCUGGGAAGGAAUCAGGAAAGUCCAGUCCCCACCAUCAUGGGUUAAAAAGGACAUGGAACCUGUGGCACAGUCUCCCCUAGAACUAAAAACUGUAGAGUGGGAGAAAACAGGAGCCACCAUCCCCCUGGUGGGACAAGACAUUAUUGACCUUCAGACAGAGGUCUGAGCGGAAAGGGAAGAAAGGGACUUUUUUUUUUCCAGAAAACAAACAAAACAAACAAAACAAAACCACAUUUUAAAGAAAUGAUUAAAUUAAAUCGGAACCGAGCGAGAGAAGUGUUUGGUUUCUUUUGAAACCUUUGGUAAGACAGAGUAACUUUUGUAUUGUUCUCAGCAGAGAGGGGGGAAUAUUACUUUAUAGAGUAUAGUAGCUGUAGGUUCAGGACAACACGAGCUUUCCCAGGUAGGACUGGAGAAGAAGUGAACCUGGAAGAGAGCGAGGAGGAGGCAGAGGGUGGGAAGGGGCUGCAGGGGACAAGCCCUGCCGAGAUGCUUUCGGGCUGCUGCCGCACGCCGGGAGCCUUCUUGCUCUGCCACGGGGAGGUGUGGAAGGACGCCCGGCAGCCACUGCGAAGGGCCAAGAAGAUCGGGCUUGUUCGCGGAUCGCAAGAGGGGAUGCCCGCGGGAGCCUCGCUGGGAUGCGGUCUGGCCGUAGAUCCCUGGGGGAGACCCAGCCUCGAGGGUCUGUGGCAUCCCUUGCCUGUCCUUGCCCCCCUCCACCUCUCUCUCACCAGCUCAUCCAAGAAGGAAGGAGACGGGAUGCGCCAAGCAGUGCCAAGAAGAGAUUCCCACUCCGAUGUGCCACACCAUGACCUGGCAUCAUGGCAUCCCCGCAGCGGGUCCCCACGGGGCAAGCGGUGGCAUCAUCCAUGGCUUAGGUGGAGAGGUAAGGUGGGGUUUCCUCCUCUCAUCCCUCCACGGCGGAGCUUCUGCGCGCCCUAAGGAGUGGGACAGGCGCAGGAGGACAGGACCACCUCCAAAACCUGCUCGCCCCGUCUCCAGGGAGAGGGUCGAAGGUGUUAGAAAAACAGACCAACAAGAAGAAUGUAGGUCGUUUCAUUGACUGUUAAAUAGAUAAACUCAGCACGGGCCUUGCAAAGGUCCUCUUGGCCUCAUCCUUUUUUUUUUUUUUUUUUUUUUCCUGUUAUUUUUCCUUGCUUUCGGACUCAGAUUUAUUCCAAGCUGCCCCUUCCUGGAAGGCAGAGAGAGAAAGAGGGAAAGACAGAUCUGCAGAUGUACCUGGAGAUAUUUGGUAUACAGAGAUGUUGCCUUAGGACAUUGAGACAAACUGACAACAUGAAUAACGUCCACUUGGAAACAAACAAACAAACAAACAAAAUAAUCUAUUUUUUUCCUUCUUCUUUUCUUUUCUUCAAUAAAAAGAGAACUUGAAACCCGAGACCUUUCUUUUCUUUGGCUCUUGUCAUUUCAAAUGCCUUUCUGUGCUGUAGAACUGCGCAGGCAUGGGGUGAGGAUGCCACCUGCUGAAGGUGGAAGGCAAGUUGCUCCGUGGAAAGUUUGGGAUGGUGGGAACACACAGCCCCUUCGCCGCUGGCUUGCAAUGUUUUGCUUUGUUUUAUUCAGUUUGAGCUUUGGUUAUUUCCCCCUCGCUGGCUCUUCUCCUCCCUGCCCGCUGCCCAGAGCCAGCAAGCAGGUUUGUGGUCCUACAAGAAGGAAGAGGUGGAGCUGAUCAGGAGAGCAGGACAUUCCUCAUCAUAAAAUACUGUCUUUUUAUUUCACCAUGAAAACAAUAAUAAUGAUUUUAAUUAUUUUUUGUUAAACAUUUCUCAAGGCUAUUUACAAAAAAUAAGGUAUCUACAUUUCACCCCAAAAAGUGUUGUGCAAUAUUUUUAUCAUUAAAAAAUAUACCACUGGCAUUACACGCAGACUUCAUUCUUUGUAUCACUCCCAGCACUGUCUGUCUGGUGUUUGGAACAACUCUCCCAGCUUUGGAGAUGUGCGGCGACAAACCUCUGGUUGUGAGCGGCCAGAUUGUGCCAGACAGCAGUAAAGCUUGAUCAGGGUCUGAGUUAUUACCGUGUGUUUGGGUCUCUUUUUAAAAAAAAAAAAAAAUAAAAGCAAAACAUUUUUUAGGAAAAAGCUAGCAAUGGAUAUAAGAUGCAAAACAAUCACGGACCCCAGUUGUGCUUCCCCCACUGAGAGAUGUUGCUUGACAUGCAAACAUCUCUGCUUCGACUUUCCUUUGGGCCACCUGGGUAAUCUUUAAAGACAGUGGCAUUUACCUUGCCGUUAACUGUAUAAUAUGAAGGAUGGAAAGAGAAACUUAAAAAAAAAAUCCAAAUAGCUAACAAAUAGGGAAACUGAUUACUAAAAACUGUGAUAUUAUUGUUCAAUUUUAGGUUAUUCUACGAAACAGGAAAGCACAAAGGCCUCCCUCAGAUGCCGGGUUGUAUGAUAUUGUAAUUAUUAUAAUUACACAUUAUGAAUUUUAGCAUACAGAUAUCUUUCUACUGUGUUUUAAUUCUUCUUUUUUUUUUUUUUUUUCCCCUUCCCCUGCCCAACCGAGCCUGCCCUCUUCUCUCCAACCUUCCCCAUUCACCCAUUCACUCCAGCCUACUUGCAGGACAUUAACGGUGUUAUGUAAUUACAGAGAUAAAUGUUUGUUUAAUAACUGUUGAUAUUCGACUUUCUCUGCUCAGCUCCUCCGGUUAAUUCUGUUUUCCCAUGCCCUGCCCUGCCCUGUGCCAUGCCUUCCCCUCCUUCCUCUCUGUGUUCGUCAAUUUUUUUUCUGUACAGUUUUCAGAGCACAAAAUGAAUGUGUCUUAUUUCUAAUAAAAGAGGUGUAAACUCUA